AUGGUCUAUCACCAAAGAGAUUACGAUUAACCGUGAUCGCUCGAUAUAUCUUGCGAGUCGACUGUGUCCCGCUACUCCCUUCUGUCCUUGUUCCGUUUUCGAAGCGAUUCCCGCUGAUUCAAGUGCUUUUUAUUUUAUCAUCAACGUUGCUUAACAAACGAAAUUGCGAAUUGUUGCGAAUAUGUCGUGCACAAUCACGGACCAGUUUAUUCUGCCACCUGUUAUCUAAUCGACCACUUAACAUCGGCCGCGAACGAUCGUUGGAUCAAUUUUAAUUUCACUCUGUUAACGGAAUUAAUCUUCUAACGUUGUUUUUGUCGAAAACAAGAGAAAGUUCUGUGAUUCUUUUCCUAUCGAACUCCGAACCAUGGCAGAGAACGUUUUAAAUUCCUUAAGGGAUAAAGGUUUAUUGUCCAACGACAUGCAAGAGAAACUGUUGCACUUGUUACCGGAGGAUAGCAAAGAAAAGCUAUCGACAUUUUUUCAACGAUAUCAACAGUUGAACGAACAAGAAAAACAUGAGUUAUUGGACAAUGUGGUUGGCAAGUUCAAGCAAACGUUGGAAGAUAGAAUAUAUAAUAAUACCAGCAUAUAUCAGAGAUUUUUGUAUUUCAACCCGUAUACUGUUUUCUUUUUCGCUCUGCUAUUAGUUGUGCUUGUUCUUGGUACGUUCAUUUUCGGUCUCGGAUAGGAAAUAUCAUUUUUCUUAUCGCUUAUAAUCAUUUUUAACUGCAAAGUGUUUAAAUCAUGUUUUUGUGUGA